AUGGUCGACUCUUCACACCUUGAAGAGCUGUUGAAAAAGCCUUUAUACGUCUAUGACCUUCCGCCGGAACUUCUUGCGACCUUAACAACGAAGACUGAACAUCAACCCCUCGACGACCCCACAUCCGGUGUCUCUGCGAGAGAUACCGAAGCGGCGCAGGACCUUUCCAUCGCAACUUCAUCAUCAUGUGCGCUCUGCAAGGUUUCCUAUAUAAACGUGCAGGAACAGCGUAGCCACGUGCGCUCCGACCACCACCGGUUCAACAUCAAAGCGCAACUGCGCGGCAAUGCGCCGCUUGACGAGAUCCAGUUUGCAAAGGCAGUUGGUGAACUUGAUGAGUCGAUUUCGGGAUCAGAAUCUUCGGAAUCAGACGAAGAAGAAGCUGAUGGUAGCGCCGACACAACACUCACGGCUUUACUCAAAAAGCAAGCAAAGCUGUCCGGAAACAAUGACGAGGAUGAGACAGUCGUGAAAAAAGGAGUGGCGAAAAAUCCCUUGUUCUGGAUGUCCAGCUCUGGUCUGCCAUCAAAUAAGUCGCUAGGCGUCUAUCGGGCCAUUUUCUCGGCCGCCGAGCAGAAUGAGCCGGGUAACUUGGUGGAGACCAUACGAAAAAAGCAACUGGCACCAGUGAAGGCGCGUACCAACAAUGCGCAAGGCCAGGAUCCCGCCGCAUCGGGUGCCCAUAUUUUCAUGUGUAUGAUCGGAGGUGGUCAUUUCGCCGCCAUGCUGGUGUCCUUGGCGCCUGAGAUCCAUCGCAAGCAGGGAGGCGUCGAGGAGCGACAGGCGAGAGUCAUUGCGCACAAGACAUUUCACCGUUAUACCACACGAAGAAAGCAGGGUGGCUCUCAAUCUGCAAGCGACGCCUCACGAGGUGCAGCACACUCGGCUGGUUCUACCCUGCGACGUUAUAACGAAGCUGCACUGGAGAAAGACAUCCGGGAGCUGCUUAUUGACUGGCGAAAAAUGAUUGAUACUGCCGAGGUGUUGUUCAUUCGCGCAACUGGAAACACAAACCGAAAGAUUCUCUUCGACAAGCAUGAAGGCCAGGUUUUGAAGCAGAAUGAUCCCCGCAUCAGAGGAUUUCCUUUCAAUACGCGCCGGGCGACCCAGGCGGAGCUUAUGCGAAGCUUUAAAGAAUUGACUAGGAUAAAGAUCAGCGAGAUCGACGAAGCUGCAUUGGCAGCGGCGGCAGCAGCCGCCAAGCAGAAAGAAGAGGCCAAGCAACCCACCCCACGCCCGCAGCCCCAGAAGCAGAAGCUAUCGAAGGAAGAGGAAGCUGCCUUGUUGCAUACAUCACAGAUACAGGCCCUCAUUCGACGGUCAAAGAUUCCUGCUUUGAUGUCAUACAUCUCAACCAACUCCAUUCCUCCGUCGUUUGUAUUUCAACCUGCUGAUUCAACACAAAACUUCCGUUGUCCUAUGCCUAUUCAUCUUGCCGCAAAUUUGAAUUGUCCUGCCGUUGUGAAUGCGCUCCUCACCAGGGCACAGGCAGAUCCCACUGUCGUGAAUAACGAGGGUAGGACACCUUUUGAGCUUGCGGGAGACCGGGCCACACGUGAUGCCUUCCGUAUUGCACGCCAUGAGCUAGGGGAAUCUAAGUGGGAUUGGACGGCCGCUAAGGUCCCAUCCGCGGUGUCAAAGUUAGAUGUGGAAAGCCGGGCUGAUCGGGAGCGAAUCGCUGCUGAAGAAGAGGAAAAUAAUCGUCGUAAGGCUGGGUUGGAGCGCUUGCAAAAGGAGGAUGCCGAAAGAGCAGCCAAGCAGGCGUAUAGACCUGGUGGACGCACCGUUGGAGCUGUUGAAAAGUCAGCUGCCGAGAAACGAGACGAAGAGACACGAGGAAUGACUCCUGAAAUGAAGAUGCGAUUGGAGCGUGAACGACGGGCGAGAGCCGCAGAGGAGCGGUUCCGACGAAUGCAGGGCAAAUGA